AUGAACUGUCUUCUGAUUUUGACUUUGAUGAAUUCAAAAUUGGUAAGAUUACUUGAAAUUUCCGAAUAGAAAAACCUUUUUUCAGGUUUUUACAUGUCAUGCUCCAGUCGAUUUAUUUUCAUUUUUCAAAAAUGGUAUCAAUGAAUUAUUUCACCCUGCAGGUCCUCCAGUGGUCAGAAACAAUAUGUAGGUUCUUUUUUCUGAAGAAUCGUACAUUGUGAAAUUUCAUUAAAAAAUUUAAAAAUUUACAGUAUUCGCAAUGGAACUUGUGCUGGUGGUGAAAUCGAAAUUUUCACAACAUGGAACUAUGCAAACAUCCCCGAAAAUCUAUCAAAAAUGGACCACAAUAUUCAAAAACUCGAGAAAUAUUCGGGAAUUCAUACAAGCGAAUUUUCUCCCAAAAUUUCCAAAGAGCCAAUGAAUUUUGAUGGAAAAUUUGGAGUCAAAUACAGUAUCAAAUAUCUAACAUCAUCUUGCGAUCGAGUCAGACUUUUUGUAAGAAAAGCCGUUUCUUGGGGAACUGAUGUAUGUCUAAUUUUUAAAAGUUUCAAUCAUGAUAACCAAGUCCCUCGAAACAUAGGUCAACUAACUAUUUAUCUUAUCUUUUUUUCGCAAUUUCAACAGUUGUUCUGCAACGAAUAAAAAUGAAAAAAAAAGAAAAAGGUCACAAAUUCUGAACCCUUGUCCACUCCACUCUUCUUUUCUUUUAUAUACUACUCACUUCAUCUUUGAAAAUCCAAUUAACCCAUCUUUUUAGAUUUCUCGCGCUCGAGUUCGUUGCGAAUGCGAACCAAUUAUUGUGCUCACAAAGUCCUAA